AUGUAUCUUUUGAAACUACUCUGUACAUUCGUGGUUCUUUCAACCACAAUAGCUAUAGAUACCUUCAGCGCUUGUCCCUCCCAAAAUUUCAAUUGGCAUCAUCAAGUGACCAACUUCCCUAAGGCUUCUAUCACUGUUACAAACCCCAUUAAGAAGUCCGACGGUACCUGGGAUGUCAACAUCAACUUCAGUGCUGGUAACAGCAUGUCGGUUUCCUCUCUCACCGAGUUGAAGAUUCUUGGUAUUGGCACCUACGUGCUCUACUCAAACAACAUGAAGAUUUAUACCAUUACAGAUCCAGGCCAGUGGUCCUACACCGUCAAUAUUUCUCCUCGCGUGGUUGAGAACUAUUCGACGUGUAUGCCCAGCUUCACCAUUCAGAUGUAA